AUGCUAAUGACUACCAAGCAUAUAUCAACUAUUGAACUUGGUACAGUCGUUCCCAUGAGCAGCAUCUCAUUUCAUUCUCAUGACCCCCCAGACUACCUCCUGACCCCAAGAAGAUAUUAUAUCCCCAGUUUACCAGCAGAGAAAUCAGAGUGCAGAGAUGUUAUCACAAAGGUGACUCACUUCAGAGCAGGGCUCUGCUUUAAGAAAUCACAUGCCCAAGUUCACAGGAAACGCACAGUACAUCUUUUUGCACUGGAGUUAAAAAGAAUAUUUGGUAGAAGACCACAGACUUCACUGGUUAGUCUUAAAUAUUUAGAACUAGGAAGUGUUAGAGGUUACUGUCAACCCUUUCAGUAUUUCCGUAUUCCAGGAUUAGGGAUAUUUCUGCUACACUGCUAG